AUGAGCAGUAACCCGAAUGUGGGCAAUGCCAAUGAACCUCCACCACCUCCUUCUCGCGCGAUGCCGGGCGACAAAACGCGAACAAAGAAAUGGGCACCAAAGACGUUCAAUGGAUGUCUGACCUGCAAGCGAAGAAGGAUCAAGUGUGACGAGGGCAAACCUUCGUGCCAAAGAUGCAUCAAAUCAAAUCUCAAGUGUAGUGGAUAUGCCGCACCUAAGAUCAGGUUGUUUGAUCCUUCCGCCUCCUCGACAGCUUCAAGCUCAACACUGCCACCAGCGACCAGCCCAGCCCUUCCAUCUGGAAUAGACUCAGCGGCACCCGACGACAGCCAACUCCCUUCCAGCCCGUCAGCUCAUCCCCAUCCCCAAGGACUCGCUCUUUUCCCCAGAUUCGGCAACCAGGAAGAAUCCCAGUCUUUCCAGUUCUUCCUCGAAAAGACCUCUGGCUUGAUAUCGGUAUAUUCGCAGCCAUAUCUGUGGACGGUGCUUCUGCCCCAAGCCACAUGGCACCAACCCUCGAUCAAACACUCUCUCAUUGCACUUGCCUCGUUACACCGAUACCUCACCACGGUCGGCCCUACCUCACAACGAGCAAACCACAACUUUGUGUUCCACUACAAUAGUGCCAUACGCGCCCUGCUGGCGGACAGGCCGUCUGUUGAUGUUGUGCUAGCAGCAUGUGUCGUCUUCUGGGCGCUUGAGAAUUUCAAUGGUGGUGGUCAGGUGGCCAUUGACCACAUGCAGGCUGCGAUCAAGAUCUUGGGGGAGUGGAAAAGCAAACAUCGACCAAAUGAUCCCGCCAAAGACUUCAUAACCAAAUACAUCGAACCAACAAUCCGAGAUGGGGUGAAGCUCGCCUCGAAAUGUAGCGUCGAGGAACUGGCGAGUCAGAUGAGUGCACUUUCCCUGACAACGCGCGACGUGAGGAUCAUGAGCAUAGAUUACCCUGCGUUCAACAGCCUGGAGGAUGCAGGUGACUAUCUGGGCGAUUGCAUCACCAAGAUUCUCGCUCUCAAAAAUCAGACAGCGGCACCUCUCAGUCCAAGUCCCGACCUCAUCGAACAGGUAGAAGCGCUCGACGCCCGACUCUACAAAUGGAUGAACCUGUUCCAAAAUCUCACGGCCACAGGGCCCGUAUACAUCCGGCGCAUGCUCGUCGUACACAACGUCGCGGCAAACAUUCUGCUGGACCAGGUCAAGGCACGAACACAAUAUGCCAAUACGAGCGAGGAAGAGCAGGAGGAAGAACCGCGUCAUUGUCGAUUCAAUUUCACGGUCAUUGAAGUUGAGGAUAUAUUAAGGUACGAUCCGCUGGCUACAGUGGAGUCACGCAGGAAGAAACCGCCCAGUCUGGGAUUCAUCCCUCCUGUGUUUUUGGCAGCGACCGCGGCGCCGAGACUAGAGACCAGGACAAGGGCGAUCAACGUGCUGAGGACGUUGAAUGUGACCGAGGGGCCGUGGAACACAGAGCAUGCGGCGCAGGUUGCCGAAGGGAUACUGGAGAUUGCACAGGACUGUGCUAUUUCUCCCUCAGCAGUCGAAUUGCGGGAUAUCCACAUCGAGUUUGACGAAGACCGCAAGGUGUUGAGCAUGAGAUGGGAACCGGAGGACCCGACGGCGCUGAACGUGAGCACGAGCAAACAGAUUGAUCCUGGAAAUAUGAACUGGGGUGACUCCCAGGAUGUGCCCGAGUUGAUCAGGAGAUUCGGCUACCAGUUCCGUCCUUCCUCAGCGUUGAUGCUGUCUUCAUGAAUCAACACAGCCCAGCAGACCUCUUUGCGGUAUGCGCGCAUGUUCACUCGCUCAGAUCAGACCAGUGCGGCUCUGACCAUAGUGCCGAUAUCAUAUCGGCGUUCUUUGGAACACUACUACACAACCAUCCUUGACGGAUAGGUUAAUGGGAAGACAUUCCAUUUGAUUGGAUGAAACGACCACCACGACGGUAACGCCCAUGGGUAUUGACAUCCGUCGGGUGGCAUCACUUCUUCCCAGUGGGAUCUCUUUGACGUACUUCAGUUUUGCUCGUCACUUUGAAGGUUGACUCUCGUUUUCGGGUGGGCGGAGUUUUGCAAUUUAUUCGGAACAAGGCUGCGUUCCUUCAGCGCGAAGGACGAGUAGGUCCGCUUCGGCUUAUGACAAGAGGUGCCGCAGCAGCAGCAGCAGCGGCAGCAACACGAUUUCAGAAUGAAUACUGGACACAGAAUGAAUGAAAUGAUCGAUGGAGCCAGAUCGGAUUGGACAGGACGGUACGAGCAACAGAACAACGAGCAACAAGCAAUAGGGAACAAACUCAGCAAGCACACGACUCAGGAUUUUGGGGGACGUUAUGGCGGCAGUUCUCUGCAUGUAUGAUUUUGGCAUGUUACAAACAUUAUACAGG